UUCUGGUAGCUACAGCGUUGAAGCCCCACCUCCACUACCACCUUUUAUGUUAAUUUCAGCGUGAUCUCUGCACGGAGUGGAGGGAGCAGCUGAGUGCUGUUGGAUCUGUCGGCUGCCGCCUGCUGCCUAAUGUCGAUGAGGCUUUGGACAGACACAACCUGCCGGUAAUUCACUUUUGUGAACGGCGUCGUGUCCGUAUAAUGUCGCCGCCGAGGACGCGCGGCUGAGUGUGAAUAUCUGUGGAUCCAGCCGGUAGUUAGAGAAGGGGUGAACGCACCUUGCAUCCAGCCAUGGGAGGUCAGAUCACCAGAAAUACCUUCUACGAUUCUCUGAACGGGCCUUUUCCGGCCACAUCCCAUCGAUGCCACCACAAACCGAAGCGCUGCCUGCCCAUCCAGCCAUGUGGGAGUUUGUCCUCCUCUCCUUUGCUCUUCCACCCCAGCACCAAGGGUUCACAGAUAGUCAUGGACAUGUCCCAGAGGACCGUCAAGAGACAGGCCAGCUUCUGUAAUGCCAUCACCUUCACCAACAGACCUAUCGCUGUGUAUGAGCAAGUUCGGCUAAAGAUCACUAAAAAGCAGUGCUGCUGGAGUGGUGCCCUGCGUCUUGGUUUUACAUCCAAAGACCCAUCGAGAAUCAACCCAGACACCUUGCCGAAGUACGCCUGCCCGGACCUGGUUUCCCAGAGCGGCUUCUGGGCAAAGGCCCUUCCAGAGGAGCUCUCAAAUGAGGGAAAUGUUAUCGCCUUCUGGGUGGACAAAAAGGGUCGAGUGUUUUAUCGAAUCAACGACUCCAGCCCAAUGUUGUUCUUCAGUGGUGUGCAUGUCUCUGAACCUCUGUGGGCUCUCAUAGACAUCUAUGGCCUCACGAGGGGGGUCCAGCUGCUUGACAGUGAGAUGCUCCCUGUGGACAGCCUGCGUCCUCGUUCUUUUGCUGCCGCCCACCGGACCUCCAUUCAGCGUAACGGUGAAGACCCUCGCCUCUCCAUCAGCCUGUGUGACCUGAGCCUGCAGCAGCAGGAAGCUCAUCUGGAAGAAGAUGAUGAGGAAGAGGAACGACUGCAACCUCUAAGCUCCACCUCCUACCAUGUGCCCCAAAACUCUCAGAACUCACAGCAGUGCUCGCUGCUGCCCAGCCAUUUGGACACCGACCUGCACUUCCACCCGGUGCACGGCAUCCAUGUUACCGUGCUGGAUAAGCACACGGUGGGAAGGCCGGACCACCGUAGUGACGAGAGGACCCUGGUGUUCACCAGUCGGCCGAUGCGCUGCUCAGAGACUGUGUUUGUGAAAGUGAAGGCGGGUGCCACACGGCCCGGCUCGCUUUCUUACGGUGUGACAUCAUGUGACCCGGCCACCCUGAGGACCAGCGACCUCCCAUCCAACCCAGAGUCCCUGGUUGACCGUAAGGAAUUCUGGGCCGUGUAUCGUGUGGCAGUGUCACUCCACAGCGGAGACAUCUUGGGCUUCGUAGUGAACGCAGAAGGGGAGGUCAUGAUGAGCCAUAACGGCGUCAGUGCAGGGAUGCAGCUGUGUGUUGAUAACUCCAGGCCGCUCUGGAUGUUCUUCGGUCUGCAUGGUGCCAUCACACAACUCAGGAUUUUAGGCUCAUCUCCGCAUCCAGACGUUCGAGGCCUGUCAGUCCCCAGCUCCCCAUCCUGUACACCCAACACCCCCACAAUGCUUUGCAGCGGCAACUCCGAGCCCAACCUCAACACGCCCAUGAACAUCAACCUCAAUUCAAGCUUCAACUCAAACUACCACACUGUCUCUUCUUCCUCCACAGGUACAACCCCGAGCUCUCCUUUCUCCGGCCACCUUGUGUCACCCACCUUCCCGUCCUGCUCGGGCUCAUGGAGUGACGAAUGCACCAUUUGUUACGAGAAUGCGGUGGACACAGUCCUCUACGCCUGUGGACACAUGUGUCUCUGCUACACCUGUGGGCUCAAACUCAAGAAGAUGAACAAUGCAUGCUGUCCCAUCUGCAGGAGGACAAUCAAAGACAUCAUCAAGACCUACCGCAGCACGUAGGCUUGUGUUUGACAAAGUGUCGCAUCGUCAGGUUCAGCUCAAAUGGUUGUCAAAGCCAUGUAAUACUUUGUAAAGAUGGACAGAACAUAAAUGAAAGGUCCGCUUGUUUAUGUGUGCAAUCUGGCUCAGGUACUCUACCGCAGGACUCAUUCAUUGCAACAUUUUAUCUAUGUUAUGCCUAAUGCGCGUCUAUGGAAAGCUCACUGUGUCUUCUACCUAUGAUGUCUCGGUAAGGAGCCAGCAAUGACUUUCAUCAGAGACCUUCCAAAAAUACAGGGUGAUCUUCAGAACACAAAAUAUCUGCUCUACUGCAGAUAGGACUCGCGCCAAACACCUCACACCUUGAAUUACUAAUUACUACAGUGACUCUGUGAUUUGUGCAUCUGUUGAAGAGGAAGAGUAAUCUGGAGAGGAAUCUGCCCCUCUUCAUUCUGCUGGUGAGAGCAUCACCGCUAGUUAGUUUUACACGAAAUAAAAUUAACCAGAGCCGCAGAAGAAACAGGGAAAAUAAAUGUGUGGUCGCACUAGCUGCUCCUCCACUGCUUGUCAGAGAGCACUGGGUCAGAGUGUUGUUUUUAAGAGUAAUUUUAAUCAGUUCUCAACAAUAUCAGAGAAGAGAUCAGCACGUGCUUUCCCAACUGCUUCCAGAGACCAGUGAGGAAUGAAUAUAAAUUUUUUGUGGUGAAAACAUUUCUAAAAUAAGCCAUUUUAAUGAAUAUAAAAAUGCUCCUCCUGCAAUAAAACACAAACCUAAAGGGUAAAGAAAUCCUUAAAGGAACUUUGCUAGAUGAUAAAUUAAGUAUUUUGUUGGAUAACUCGCUACCUGCUGUGCUUCUGUGAACUUCGGGCAGGGCGAGAUGUGUAGUGCGAAGAGUAAAAAAGUGUGAAGGUUGUCUCCAUAGAAGGUCACGCUUUCAGUGAAUGAGGAUGUAAAUCAGUGAAGAGGGAGCGAGGGAGGCGGAGAGGAUGUUGUAUGUUUUGGACGAGGACAGGGGAGGAAGGGGCACCUUAGCCGUGCGUCUGCACAUCGUUUAAGCGCAAGUGUUUGCUCACUCAGGCACACCAGAUACAUCAUAGCGCUUGUAUGAAAGCCUGUAAAAUGUGGGACUUGCGUGGUUUGCAUGUCCUGCUUCUUGGCAUCUCUGGCUGCCGCUCUGUAAGCCGGCUGGAUGCUGUAAUUGGACAAAAGUCAUUCAAAUAAACACUGGUGGGCAAUGAAGUAUUUUUAACAUGCUGAAAGAGCACACAAGAAUGACGAAUCAACCUCUUCAUCACUGCAACAAACCCAUGAAACGCUACGUUCAGGUUACACACUUUCCUCUUGUACAUUAAAUAAGAUCAAAUAUUUGCUUUUCAGUGAUGACAUAUUUCAGUACACUGUGUCUUCAAGUGGAAAAGAAAUUCACACGUGUGCAGCCUGUGACCAGGAUGUAGCGUGUUAUUGCGGAACAUUGUGAGAAUUUAAUUUGCAUAUCAGUUUCUGAGUGCUGCUCUUUGUCGGUAAAAGCAAACUGCAAGGACAUUUUCACUUGACUAAUCUCAUGCAUUAUGUACUGUGCUUUGAAUUGUUAAGAAAUAAGUACAAGCUAUUUUCAGGUGUGAUUUUGGCCUUGAUGAAACAUCACUCAGUGUUUUGUAAAGUGGUAAGUGCUGACUUGUUUUUUUUUUUGUUUUUUUUUUUUUCAAGGUGUUAGCUUCAGCUUGAGUCAUCUCGCCGCUGCUGGAGGGAAAAUUAGCAGUCAUGUUGUAUGAAGUUUGACUCACGGGUUUCUUGUGUGCCUUUUAAAAAGAGAAGUCUGGACAAACUUUGGUCUGUUAAGGCUCCUCACGGUGAAAACCAUGAGGAACACUGAGGUUCAUGUUCAUUUUACUCUUUUGUGGUCGUGGUGUCUUUGACGUGAGCAGGUAACCACACAAAUUACGAUGCUACGUGAACAUUUCAGUAAGAUCAGUGUGUGAAUUAAUUCACUGCUAACGAUGACAUGUUUAAAUAUUAUCCUGUCCCCUCUGUGCCUGCAUUGUGUAAUACUGGAAUUUUGUUGCUCAGCCUUUACAUUUCAACCUGUUUUUGUUUUUCCUCCUGACCAAAUAUGACCUUUAGCAGAAAUAAAGCCUGGUGAACAAUUUUUGAUAGAAAAAUGGUCUGUAUAAUAUUAACUGUACAUUAUGAGGUUUAUUUAUUUUGUCAAUGCUAUUAUAAAGCUCUCUCACUGUUUGUUUUUAUAUGUAUGGCUGUUGUGUCCAAAAAAGAAUAUUGUUUUUAUAUUGUUGCAUAAAGAUGACGGAAAAUUUUAUUCCCCUGAAAGGCUCUGUGGAUCAGCUGAUUUUCACUUCAAUGAAUAGUUUGACAUUAUGGGAAGCUUUUACUUGUGGAAAGUUGGAUGGGAAGAUUGAUGCUACUCUCCAGGGGUGGAAUGUAACUUUUGAGUACAAAAGCGCAAACACUGUGCUUGAGUAUAAUUUUGGUGCAGUACUGUAUUAUUUUAACAUUGUGGUAUCAAUAUGCUACUUUUACUUUAGGGUUGAUAUUACUGCUGAGUAGAUGAGAUGAUGAAUUUUGGAGCAGAUACUUAGGCUGGACAUCGCGAUCAGGGAGCCACACCCACAUCUCAGACACACACACACACAGUGCAGCACAGGAAAAAACACGGACAUGGAGGCAUGACAGUGACAGUAACCACAUUCCCCAUUUUCAGUCUUCAUGUAAAGCUAAGUGUCUCCUACUGGACAAAUAUGAGAGAUGUGUCAAGCUUUUCAUCUAACUCUUCACCAGUGAGUGGAUUAACAUAUUUCCAUCCAUCCACCCACCCACCCGUUAUCUAUCACCACUUUGUAGGGUCACAGGGUGGGGGAUGGAGGCUGUCUCUGCUGACAUUAGGUGACAGGCAGGGGACAGGUCGCCAGUUCAUCACAGGGCUGACACGUAGAUACAAACAACCAUUCCGGCUCAAUUUCACACCUACAGGCAAUUUAGAGUCACCAGUUAAUCUAACCUGCAUGUCUUUGGACUGUAGGAGGAAGCCAGAGAAUCCAGAUGGGAGAACAUACAAACUGAAAGACCCCAACCGUAUGCUAUUAAAGGGGAAUAAAAUUUAUAAAGCUUGGCUUUGGUUACCUAUUAGUUGGUGAAAUUAUGUUUGUCCUUCUUGUGCAUAUUUAAAAUGAUAUAUUGAAUUUGUGUUGUAGUGAAGCAGGCGUGGUCAUAAUUCUGUCAGAGGUUUUUUUUUUUGUUUGUUUUUUUUUUUUCAAAUGUGACCAAAUAUUUGCCAUUCUUAGAAAACAAAACCAGCAAGUACAUGAAGGCGGGCAUUUCGUACACAAAAAUCAGCUCAUUACUUUGUUUUCCUCUGCUUGGGAUUUCUAUUAGUUGUUAAAACAUUCUUAAAGUGGUUUAGUUAUGGUCAGCUUGUUAAAUAAAGUUUAAGUCUGAA